AUUCAAUCGAAGGCGUUUUUGUUGUUUCAAACCACAAUCCUCUGCUGUGCCGAAACUGCCCGACCGUAAAAAGUGCAUUUAACCAAACCCAAUCAGCGACCAAUUAACAAGCCAUGGCCGAGGAGGAGCUGCGAACCUACCGCCGCUGCAUUAGCCAGCAGCUGGAGGAGCUGGAGAUGCUGAGCUCCAUCUAUUGCGCACCCGGAGAGCUGCAGAUGCUCGAUGCCGGCGUCGUGGCCGAUUUCAAUGAGUUUAUCGAGGAGCAUAAAGGCAAACUCGCUGCCAGUCUCCUUUCGCAUCUGGAGUAUGUGGUGAAGUUAAGUCUGCCCGCCAAGCAAAGCGUGGAAGUUCGAGUGGAGCUGCCUCAUCUGUAUCCGAUUCUGGAGCAGGCACGAGUCAGUGUGCACACUCCACUACUGGGGAAAUGCAAAGAGCAGCGUCUUAAGAUCGACAUGGAGCAGUACCAGUCCGAAAGGCGGGAGGAGGACGCCGAGCCGUACAUUUUCCAGCUGCUAAGCUGGCUGCAGGAGUACAUUGAGUAUUUGUUAAAACGACCGGCUUCCGAGUUUGUUGAGCAGCCCGCAGAGCCACAAGAUCCGCCCCAGCCCGCGGCUUCCCAUCUCGAGCGAAUGUGGAUCUACUCCCACCACAUCAAAUCCACCGCCAAGCGGCAAGAGCUAAUUCGCCAGGCCCGUCAGUUGCAACUCACUGGCUUCAGCAGACCCGGAAAACCCGGCAUCAUUUGCGUGGAAGGUGAAUCGGGGAAUGUCCAAGAGUUCUGGCGCACUAUAAAGGCCCUUCGAUGGCAAAAGAUAAGCCUGGUGCGAACGGAACCACGGCAGCGCAAGCGGGGAUUCGAGGACUUUAGCGAGCAACUCUUCAACGCUGAGGAGGGAGUGAUGAACAUGGGCCAGUUCAUUCGGUUCCUCGAAGCCCAUGGCUUCGGUUACAUGAAGUCUGAAUUGUUUGGUUUAGACUGAACGGCAUGGCGCUCCAAAAUUUUAAUUGUAAAUAAAGUUUGUUAUAUGAGUUAA